AUGUCGUCACCUGCUAGCGACACUGAGAAGAAAACUCCUGCCAAGCAGGUUUUCAAAGAAGCGAAAGCCGCCAAGACCCCAGAUCCUGUUGCUAGCUCGGCGAAACAGGUACUUGAUCAGGUGAUUCCAGAUCAAGUCCCAGUAGGCGACGCAAGAUAUGAACAGGAUAUCCCUCCUUUCAACUCUCGAUACAGCAUGUUCAGACAUCCCUAUGCAGAGUUUUGGAACAGUCCAGAGCACCAAGCACCCGAUCGGGUAUCAAGAGACCAACUUGUCCAGGGUGACAUGAAGGAUGGACAGAGCCCGCCCGCAUUUGGCCCUGGGUACGGCCCUUUCGGCCAUCCUUACUACCCACAGCCCCAUCCGUAUCAUAACUACUUCAACUUUCCCGCUAUGCCACCGCCUCCUGCAUGGUACUCUCACGGGCCUGGUGCCUGGCACCCUGGCAACUGGCCACCGGUAAGCGGUGGCUAUCCCACUUCUAGAGAGUACGCUCCAAACAAAAAUCUAUAUGGUGGCUCUGGUCUUCAACACGGCAACCAUCAUCCAGAGCAAAGAAUGUCUCAGCAGAAUGAGCCCAAUACUGUUGCCCCUGAGAUUUUUGAAAACAAUACUGUUGCCAAAACAGCAGGACUGAGAAGUGGGCACGCAGGCUCCGACUCGGGACUUUCUCCGCCGCUGAAGGACGUGAAACUCGACGUUUCAGUACUUGAACUGGCUAGAAAUAGUCAAGCUGCUGACCAUGGCAAGCUGGGUGACCCGAUGACUCCUGUCAGCAUGAAAAUUGACAAACCCUCCAGCAGCCUCGCAUUGCCUGACGAAAAGACUGAGAAAUACACCAAGGAGAUCAGCCAUGACAUGCCUACAUAUAAUCAAAGCCAGGUUGAUAAAGUCUCCAACUAUACCGGACUGGGAAGCUCUGUAGAUAUAAGACGGCCAACUGGCUACACGCUUGAUAUCGACCACUGCCCCGAGCCGGCGGAUCAACCAAUUGCAUCAGACAUAAGAGGAUCUAUUGGUCCUCCACAUGACCUUCACUUGUCGAUGGAUGGAAGAAUGUUCAAGCAUGCAUGGACGGAUGACCCAGCCCUGACAUUGUCUUCCGAGUCGUAUGUCAUAGAGACUAUCCAAGCAUGGCAGUCUUCUGUUCAGCCCGCUCGAAACAUUGACUUCAAGGAGCUGACAAAGGAGCUCGCAAACCGGUCAGACUGUGAUUUUGACCCUGUGGCUCUCAAGUUCAAGUAUGCAUUGGACCCAGGUGACACCAGUACACAUCCGGAUAACCCAAAAAAUAUGGAUACAAAAAGGGAUCAGAAGAUGAAUGCGAUUCUAAAAAGACGCAUUAAAGAGGACCGCGCCCGUGUCCCUGCGGUGCCCAGGGAGGUGGUGCUGCAAGAGGCGUUGGAACCACAAUUUGCUUGCCACAUGCGUCCUGCAACCGAGGAAGAUCUCCCCAGCCUCAAGGAGAUUUAUGACCUAGAGCUUACGCAAGGGUUCCAGGCUAGGGACAAGGUGAAGCUGUCGCCCAGGUCGUACGUUUCUCUUUUGAGGAUGUGCCAAGACCGGUCACUGCCUUUUAUUGUUGCUGUGGCUGGAGCUCCUCACGACGUACGGAACGGUAGGACUCCUGAGGUCGCAUGGCAGAGCAAGGAGCCGCCGAAAGGCGCGGUACUAGGCUUCAGCUUCUUGUCCCCAUACCACAGAGGAUUUUUGAAUGAUUUGGAUUCUGCGGGCGACUCAUCGGUUAAACUCGACGUCAUGAUCCAUCCGGACUAUCGCUCCAGGUUCAUCGGUACUGCGCUGAUCGACAAGAUGCUACAGCUCAUUUGCCCUCGUUACAACUACAUGGAUACGUGUCAAUUCGUGGAUGAUAGCGCUGUUUCGCUCUACCGUGGAGCGCAUACCUCACUCCACCGCUUUUAUCACGUUCACGCCGAUGUCCUCGUGGCUGGCGAACAUGAUCCCAACGCAAAGCGUUACGACAAUCUUUUCCAGGAUCGAUUUGGCUUCGAGAAGCUUUUCGUCAUUCGUGGAAGCCAUCAACAUAAGAAUGGCAUGCUUGACCUAGUGAGCUAUCACAAGCAGUGUCGACCUGUUCCCGGAGCGGAAGCCUCGGAGAAAGCGGCACCCUGAUGUGGAAGGGUUCACAACCUCAAACAGCAUUCAAAUGUGAACAACAUCUCCAGAAGAUCUCCAUCGGCCUCAUUUGCAUUGUCUCCUUUUGUUUUGUUAUGGCGAUGAUAGGGUUUCGGAC